CGCGCUCCAAGCAGGAAGAACGUCGUCUCGCAGGGGCUCACUCUGAUCCAAGUUAGGAGCUUUCAGCUGCCAGCCUUGGCUCAUCAUGUAAGUGCUGCGGAGAAUUCUUUGCAGCGCAUUUGCAAAAUAACCCGCUUACCCGACGACUGCGCGGGCUGUGCAUCCGUACCCGCGCCCCCUGCACGGACACGCACGGCGCGGACCCAAGAAGGCUCCAAGUGCAUGAAGAUCGAGGCUUGUAUUUUGCAUCUUUGUUGCAAAGCAAGCCGCUAAAGCUCCAGUACGAGGGCGAUGGAGGGAGGGAGCGAGAAAGAAGGCAAAGUCUUUUGUGCUUCCCCUCCCCCUCAUCAAAGCAGAGGGGAAAUGCCUCAGCCAAAGGGAGGUAAGAAGAAGCCGGUGCUGAAGCUCUCCAAAGAGGUGUUUGAGCAGCCCACACCUGCUGCAGUACCCCCCAGAGAUUUGGAUUCAAAGGCUUGUGUAACAAUCGGAGAAAAGAAAUGUGAAGUGAAAGCGGAUGAUCUGGAGCAGAUCUGCGAGCUCGGUCGAGGAGCGUACGGUGUGGUGGAUAAGAUGAGGCAUGUGCCGAGUGGUCUGAUCAUGGCUGUUAAGCGGAUUCGGGCCACUGUUAACACCCAGGAGCAGAAGAGGCUGUUGAUGGACCUGGACAUUUCCAUGAGGACAGUGGAUUGUUUUUACACCGUCACCUUCUACGGAGCGCUGUUCAGAGAGGGUGACGUCUGGAUCUGCAUGGAGCUGAUGGACACUUCCCUGGACAAGUUCUACAAGCAGGUGAUCGAGAAGGGCUUGACCAUUCCCGAGGACAUCCUGGGAAAAAUUGCCGUCUCUAUAGUAAAGGCUCUGGAGCAUCUGCACAGCAAUCUGCAAGUCAUCCACAGAGAUGUGAAGCCCUCCAACGUGCUCAUCAACACUCAGGGCCAGGUGAAGAUGUGCGACUUCGGUAUCAGCGGCUACCUAGUGGACUCUGUGGCUAAAACCAUGGACGCCGGCUGCAAACCCUACAUGGCCCCGGAAAGGAUCAACCCCGAGACGAACCAGAAAGGCUACAACGUCAAAUCCGACAUCUGGAGUUUAGGAAUCACAAUGAUCGAGCUUGCCAUCCUGCGCUUUCCGUACGACGUGUGGGGAACGCCCUUUCAGCAGCUGAAGCAGGUGGUGGAAGAACCUUCGCCCCAGCUUCCUGCCGACCAGUUCUCCCCUGACUUUGUGGAUUUCACCUCUCAGUGCUUAAAGAAAAUCGCCAAAGAGCGGCCAACAUACACAGAACUAAUGCAACAUCCCUUCUUCACCUCCCACGAGGCCAAAGAAACCGACGUGGCUAGCUUUGUGAAAGUCAUCCUGGGGGACUGAGCUCUACAGACGUGCACGGAGGGAGGAAAACCUAAAAACCCAUCCUACAAAAAAAAAAAAAAAAAGCCCCCCCCCCCAUUACCCGCAGGUCUCCCUCUCACCCCCACCCUCCUCCCCAGAGUCAGACAGACGAAUACCAGAGGACGAAGCAGAACGAGGAGGCAGCCUCCGCGUGUGUCCUCUGUGAGGUGGUGGGAGGGGUGUGGGGGGGGUCUCGUCUAUAAUGUGGAAUAAUCCAAGGUGUCUGUAUGCAAAAACCUCCCCCUGUGAUCAGCUUAGCUCCCACCCAACCAACUACUCCCGUCAUAAUUAGCGAGCUGACCACGGCAUCCACCAUUGUGUUCAAACUCUUGUUUUCUUCACUGAAAAGCAGUGGAAGAUGUGCAGAUUGUAUAAAAAAGAAAAGAAAAAAAAAGAUGGAUGAUGUAACGCUUUCUGUGUAUAAUCUAAAUGUCUGCCUACUCGAAGCAAAAGUCUCGCAUAAGAUUAUUAACUGACUGCAUGUACAGAAUAUAUCUCUGGCAGCCACAGAUGGCCAAUGAUGAGCAGCUGUAAAGCCUGGUUGUAGACUUCAGAUCCCCUCCCCCCUAGUGGCCAUUAAUAGGUACUGCAGCGCGACUGCUUCCUCCACCCAAUGACAUAUCUACACCUUUUAGGCUCUGUGGCUGCAUGUCAGCGUGUGUGAUUGCGUGCGUGAGCUGAUGGAUGCGUUGAACCUGGUGGAGGUAGAGCCAGAGUAUUGUUCCUUUUGAUUUGAAGUCACAGAGAAAGGUCGGCCGGUGUUCGGAUGUAACCUUUGUUCAGCGUUUCAGGCCAGUGAGCUGCACCAAAUUAAUCGUAACGUUAAACUUUAUCGAUCGCUUUCACGACACCAUCAGCUACUUCGUUUUGACUUCUAAAGGAAAAAUAGAGAGACCCGCAAAGUUGGUCAGUACUUGUUGACAAGCAGCGGUAUUUAAAAAGCAACAGAAUAAAAACUGUAUGAUGUCCAAAAACUGAUUGAAGAAUACUUUUAGCUGCUUUUCUGUGCUUCUUAAGUUCAGAGUGUGAAUAUAAGGAACUUGCUUUUACCUAAA